UAGAUUCCUUCCAUUACCCAGGACACGAAAGUUGUUUGAAAAUGGCGACCGAAACUUGAAAAGAAAGGAUUCUCGUGUUUACAUGAGGCUCUAUUUAUUUCCAUAAACAUAUUUUUCACCUGAAAUUAAUUGAACCAUAGAAAGAAACGAUUUCCGAUCAAAUUGAUAUUAGCUUUGUUUGUAGAAGAUGUAGGGGAACAUUUAAAUGUGAUAUUUGUCGAUGAUGUUAGUCAACAAAGGGCAGAUAACAAACAAGGAUUGUAGGAAAAUGAGUGAAUAAGGUCCAUGAUAAAAGGAAGCGAAGAAUCUUAAAAUAAGGAAAAGUUUUAGAGACAAUCUAUCAUCAUCAUGACACAUAGUAGUAUGUCACGUAUCUCUAUUCCUUUGGAAUCAGUUGAUUAUAUUUUACUGCAACAAGAAAAGAUGGCCAAGCUACAUAAUCAGAUAGAAGCUGUAGAAAAUCACAUGUACGAGAGGUCAAAAUUACUUCGACAAAUUGAACGAUUGAAAGCAGAAGAAGAUGCAAGAGCUGUAAGAGUUUUGUCAAGAUUAAACAGUAGAAACUUUGUUUUAAAUGAUGAAGUGGCUCGUUUAUAUGGGACAAAUACAGCAUUAGAUUACUGUGAUAGUCCUAUGCAUCCAGGUGUAUUAGAUAAUAUCCUUACACACAGAACCAAAGAACAUUCAUUAGCACAGCAAGAUAAAGAAAUGCAAAUAAAAUAUUUGAUGUUAGAAAAAAGACGACUACAAGAAGCCAGAGAGAGAUUGCAUGAUAAAAAACAAUAUCUUGCUCGUAAUCCAACACCUCUUGAACGGAAUUUGAGCGACUUGAUGCCCGAGGUAAUAAUGGGACCACCUAAAGUAAAGUCAGCUAGUAUACAUAGCGUCCACUCUCAAGGUUCUUAUGUCCGCAGAGCUGUCGACAAUCUACCACAAUCUAUUAACAGAAUCUGGAAGUUACGGAGUGAUAUAGAGAAAGAUUAUAAUAGAAAGUUAAAACCAUAUACCGGCCAUCUUGGGUUAGAAUCAUAUCAGCCAUAUCAAUUAGAAGAUUAUGUUGUUGUUCGUAAAUUAGUAGAAGAUUUUGUAGAUGAUUGUUUAUAUAGACAUAUUAUACCAGCGCCAGGUUAUUCUGAUAGUCUUAGACAAAGAGUUGCAAUGAAUAAUGAAAUUGGAAUUUGGGGAGAUUUAUCUGGUGCUAUGUCUGAUAAACGAUUAUUACAACUUAUAAUGGAGGAGAUAGUCUUGGUGGAAACACGAAAACUAUCUGUUGAAAUUGUUGAAGAUGUUUUACACUUAAAUGGUAUUUUACGCAAUCUCACAGACUUUACUCUCAUGAACCAAGCUGAGAGAAUCAGUACUGGUAAAAGGGAAGGAAGAUUACCUGAUGAUCCAGCCUAUAAUACGAUAACUAAAGGUUAUUUCUCCAUGGUAGAUUCUCGUGAUCAACAUAGGAAAGACAUAUGGGGACAUUCUCAGCAUGUACAUAUUAAAGCUAAAACUGGCGAAGAAGCUGUGGCAGAUGAAAGAUACAAUGUAAAUGACAACAAUGUAAAUGGCAACAAUAUAAACAACAGCAAUAAUGUAAACUACAACAACAAUAAUUCUAACCAAGACCAGGGACACAGUCGGUUUAAUGAAAGGAGGGAUGAAACAGACAUUGAUACAGAGGUGAUCACUUUUAAUCACAUCACUCCAACAGAUUUAAAGAAGUAUGAACCAAUGAAAACAGACUCAAAGGAAAUAAAAACUUUUAAAGUAAAUACAGAGAGAUAUAUGAACAGAGAACAGCGUUAUUGGAAGAAUAUAGAGAGUGAUAUCAAUAAGAUAAGUAUAAGUAAGAAAUGUAAAGGUAUACAGUCAGUUAAACCAUCACCAGAUAAUAGUAUGGUAGCUAUUGGAACAGUACAUGGUGAUAUAAUUGUGUAUGAUGUGAGACAUGGACCAUGGAGAGCUAUACGUGUUGUACAUAAUUCUAGUAAUGUUGAUGAUAGUGUAAUAGAUAUAGCCUGGACAUUAGAUAACUCAAAAAUACUCACAAUUAAUAGAAUGGGUUCAAUGCAAGUCUGGACAUUUGAUGGAGGAGGUUCAGGUAAAAAUGAUGCCAAAGGAUUGGAUAUCCAGGCUGAUUCUAGUGGAUUCUUACCAUUACAAUUAUCCAGACUGGUUGUUCUAGAUGAUGAUAUGAAAGAUUUUUCAUUUAAGAAAGGGCCAUUUUCUGAUCAAGGUGUCUUAGAUGGAAGUAAUAGUCCUGUUAAAGCUGCCUUCUUUCCUAGUUUGACCUUUCUUGGAUCACAGCAUUCUGUUUGUGUUGGUCUGGAUAAUGGUGAUAUGUUGAAAUGUAAUCUGGAGCCUUUAUUAGUCCAGGUUGACCAACAACAAGAUGUGGUUUAUCUAGAAGCACCAAGAAUAUACCAGGAAAAUAUCUAUAGUGAAGAGCAUGGUGUGAAUACUAUUGGGCAGAAUUUAGAAGCUGAGUUAUAUCGUCAUCAUAAAUAUCCUGUGUUAUACCUGGGUUUUAUUGAUAAUAUGAAUAAAAUGAUUACUGUUGAUCAACGAGGUUUUAUUAAUAUCUGGAUUUAUAAUAGUCAACAUUUAUCUAAUUUUGGAUGGUUUACACCUUUUAAGAAGUUAAAGUUAGAUUUGUCUAAAACAGUUUAUACACCUUCUGAUACAGCAGCACCUAACAUAAAGUUUACAGAUAAAGAAAAAAAGAAGAAAUCACAGAAAGAAAUUGCAAGGGAUCGACAAAGAGUUCAGAAUUUAUUAAACAAUAUGAUGUUAGGGGAUCCAUGGCAUGAAGAAACAUUACGAGAGCAAAAUCUUGUGACAUCAAUAUAUCCCGCUAAAGGUGCUAUAAAAGAAAGAGGAGCUUUAUUUAAUGUUGUAAUACGCCAUUCUAAAACAGAUCAACUCUCUACAUAUCUUACUAGAAUGUACAAACCAGUCACAGUACGAUGUAAGAAGAUAUUAGAGGUACGACAAUCACCUACUGGUCAACAACUCAUCUUUCUACUACUCUUUCCAGAAUUCCCUCCAAAAGGAGCUCAUAUGACAGUAUUAAUACUUAAUUUAAAGACAUUAAAAUUACGUAAUAUAAGGAGAGAUAUAAUGUUAUCUAAUACAGAAUAUACACAACUAAUACAAGAAGAUGUUGUUUCUUGUGAUGUGAGUCGAGUGUUUGGUCCUACAGGUUCUGAUUAUUUAUUUAUCACGCUUAAUGGAAGAGUCCGAGCUAUAUCGUUAAACACAGGAAAACUUGUACUGAUGACUGAUAAUACAGAAAGGGUCUCAAAUUUUUCUGGUCUAAUAGUUGACGAAAAGUUGCUUCCCUUGUCCAAUAAUGCUGAAGUCACUAUGAUGUCAUCAGAUAGUCAAUUAAAAUCACUGUAUUACUCACAGAAAUCUACAAAUCUGUAUGUGAUGACUUUAACAGAUAAAAAUUUGUCUGAAGAUUGUAGAAUGAUGUCAAAAUCUUUCCAAGUCUGGAGAGGUCGAAUUGUGACUGCGGUUGAAAUGCGUGUUGACCCCAUACCACUGAAACCCAGUGGAAAUCAACCAAUUGAGGCAUCUAUGAGACAGCUGGUGCUAGAGUGUGUUGAUAAAGCAUUACAGAAGAAAGGGGAACAACUCCCUCCAGACAAUCAAAUAUCUAAUAGGGAACUAGCUUAUAAAGCAGUAGCAAAACAGGUUGAAAAGAGAGAUAUCUUGAAGUGAAUAACAUAACUACUAACAGUGUUUCUUUUGAUAAAUCUCCACUAAGCAAUUGCUUUUGGGUAUAACUAGCAUACCUGCAAUCUACUGACCAAUUAAAAUUCCUGAUUCAUGUGGAUUUUUCUAUGUUCUGUUUUAUAUCACAUGCCCUGACAUAUUUCAGUUAUGGCUAUUACUCAUACCUUUUAUUUAUUUGUAUGACGUAACUCAUCAUAAUUACCAUUUUGAUUUGUUAUGCAGUAGGCCUGAUUGAUUUUUGUUUAAAAAUUCAUUAGCCAUUUAUUAUUUGGCUUCAAAAAUCGUAUUUUCACUCUUGUGUUGACAUUUUGUAAAAAGAUGUGUUGCCAGGCAACAAAAUAUAUACGCCCAAAGCAGCUAAGUCGCCCAAGCAGUCCAUAAAGGUUGUCACAUUGUUAAUCUUAAUGUAAAUAAAAAGCAAAAUCUCUAUGCUGUUUAACUUCAUUGGUUCUUCUUAUCCCACAUAAAAAUAUUCUUGAAAGUCUUAUAGCGAUGUGAUUAAAGAUUUGACAUGAUCUAUAUUGAAAAUAGACUGACUGUAAAAUCGCUUCCCGAAAUAUUUGCUGGAAAUUACUGAAUUGUUAUUGUAGUUAUAAUUAGGCCUAUAAUAUCCAUCAUUUCUUUUGUUAAUGUAAGAUUGCUAUUUAAGACACAAAUGCAUCCAGUUUUCAAGAAUAAAGCCAUUUCAUAGCCAGUAACUAAUUAAGAGGAUAAAAAAAAUUAUGUGAUCUCAUAAUAAAAUGUGUAACUUAUUAAAAUGAAUUGUACAUAUACAUAGAUCCGUCUUCAUUAGCCCAGUAGGAGCAGAACAGUAGGACGUUAAACCCCAUUUCAUUUCAUUUAGAUUUAUAUAUUAUAUAAAGUUAAUAAAAGAUUCUACUCUCAGGUAAAAGUAUAUAGAAAUAUGAGGUUUUUAAAAGGAAAAAACUAAUUUCAUCUUAGCUAGUGCUAGUUUUUUCUUUCUAAAACCUCAUGUUGGAAUUGGUAAAGUUUGCCUGAAGAAGCUUAAUAAAGCAGAAAGUAUUCGCAAAAACAUUUUUUUCUUUCCUAAAACAAGUUUAUUUCUAAUAUAUAACUUUAUUUGUAAAGAAAUAUUCCAGUUAAUUAUGUAAAUAAGAUAACUAUAUAUAUAAUUUAAAACAAGAUUACAUUUGCUAUUGUUGCC